CUAAAUUUUUUAAACAUUUAAAAACUUUAUUAUAGAAAAUAUCGAUAAUAUUAUAAAAAACAUGUCCAUUACUGCUAGACAUUGUUUGUCUAAAAUUUUCCAACCCAUAACCGCUACUUCAAAAAAUUCAAAAAUAACUAGACAACAGGUUACCUCCAAGAGCCAGAGGUUAAUGCUGGAACUUGGUAUCAUACAGCAAUCAAUACCAGGAUGCUUUCAUUUGCUACCCCUAGGAGUUAAAUCCUUAGACAAAUUAAUAAAAAUAAUAGAUAAUGAAAUGUUCAAAAUUGGUGGUCAAAAGGUUCUGUUUCCUACUCUUACUAACAGUAAACUUUGGAAUGAAAGUGGCAGAUUAAAAGAAGUAGGAACUGAAUUAUUUCAAUUGCAAGAUCGUCACAACCACCACUACAUUUUGAGUCCUACCCAUGAAGAAGUUGCCAGUGAAAUGUUGUCAAUAUUGGCACCAUUAUCUUAUAGAAAUUUUCCUCUAAAGCUUUAUCAGAUUUCUAGUAAAUUUAGAGACGAAAUUAAACCAAGGUUUGGUCUAAUGAGAGGUAGAGAAUUUAUUAUGAAAGAUAUGUACAGUUUUGAUACCGAUAUAGAAAGUGCUAAAAAAACUUAUGAAGAAGUCUGUAACAGUUAUGAGAAUAUUUUUAACACUAUUGGAAUAGGUUAUGCUAAAGUUUUGGGGAGUAGUGGUAGCAUGGGAGGAUCUUUAUCUCAUGAAUAUCAGUUUAAAGCACCUAUAGGUGAGGAUAAUGUACUUUAUUGUAGUUCUUGUCAAUAUUCAGCAAAUAUAGAAGUGUGCGAGGACCAUCAAAAAUGUCCAAAUUGUGGAGAUGAAAAAAAUAUUAAUAUUCAAUGUGGAAUUGAGGUGGGCCAUACAUUUUUACUUGGUGAUAAAUAUUCUAAACCAUUAAAAUCUACAUUUAUUGCUAAAGAUUCUAAACCAGAAGUUUUACAAAUGGGUAGUUAUGGUUUAGGGAUAAGUAGAAUUUUAGCAGCUUCUGUUGAAGUUUUGUCAUCAGAAACAGAAAUGAGGUGGCCUAGUGUAUUGGCUCCAUACAAUGUAAUUAUUUUACCUCCAAAAAAAGGGAGUGCAGAAUCAUUGCAAACAGAAGGUAUGCCAGAAAAAUUGUAUUCAAAUUUGGAAGAAAAAAUACCUGGAUUAAAAAAUAAUAUCCUAAUGGACGAUAGAACAUCUUUAACACUAGGAAAACGAUUAUUAGAUGCUAAAAGAGUAGGAUAUCAAUUUACUAUUAUAAUAAAUAAAAAAUCGGCAGAAGAAAACCCUUUGUUUGAAUUAAUUGAUAUAAAAAAUAAUAAACAGUUGUAUUUAUCAAAAGAGGCUUUAUGUGAUUAUAUCCAGCAAAAUUUUAGAAUUUAAGUAUGAUGUGCUAAUAUUUAUUAUUUUAAUAAACUUUUUGUUAA